UACUUCCAAUCUCUGAUUUUGGACUAUGAAUUUUUUUUCUCGUUUAGUCUAUCGACUCCACAUUUCAAGGGGUGUGUACGAGACUAUCGAUUGUUGAUUUGUUCUAUAUCAUUAGUUGUUUAUAUUGUUUCUAGCUCUAAUAUUUCCCCACAUUUUAUCUAUUUGACUUCAUGUAUGAAUUUCAAUUCUUGAAUUAGAGUCGUCUGUUUGGCAUUUUCCCGGAUAUUUCUGCCAACACUUUCGUAAACCUGCUCCUAUUUUCAAAUUGUUAAUACCCGUUUUUUUUUUUCCAAUGGGUACAGAAAAUGCUAGUGAUGGGCGUUACUCCCCUGAACGAAAAGCCUUUGUUGGCGCCACAGCUUCUCAAGUAAAGAAAAUUAGCCCUAUUGACAACCAAGACACAUCAGCUAGAAGAAGAAGUUCUGUUGGUAGUAACGAAAACCGAACGAGCCCAGCAAUGUUUCGUAAAUUGGACACCAAAAAGCGCAACAUCUCGAAACUCGAAACUGCUGCUCAUGGCACCACAUAUAUAGAAAAUGAUGAACCUUUUGAUGGUGAUGAAAAAAUUUCUAGAAUCGGAAAGCCCGAAAUCAAACGGGCCCUGUUCAAUGAGGACUAUGAUAAGCAGAAGCACCGUGUGGUUAGAAGUGAUUCUCCGGUUGGUCCAGGCGGCGAGGCGAGUAUUGUAUAUAAUAAUAAUGACACUGGAGAUGUAUGUAGGAACCAGAGAAACUGCCAAGACCUAUCUUUGAUCCGAAAUCAACUGGUUCAGAUCGAAAACCAGCAGUCCAGUUUGUUGGAGAUUCUCCAGAGAUUUAUUGGGAGCUCGCAAAACGGUAUUCAUUCUCUCGAGGCACGUGUUCACGGUUUAGAACUCGCUCUCGAUGAAAUCUCGUUCGAUUUAGCCGUCUCUAACGGAAGGAUGUCGCAAAAGGAUGCCUUGUGUUGCAAGUUACCUGGUACCGAUUUCUUGAGCUCGAAGCUCUGGAGAAAAACGGAAGCAUCAGCUGCUGGGGUGAGAAGCAUCGCCGGCAGGAGUGGAGAUGGUGAAGGAAUAUUCCCGUUGCAUAACAGGAGAUACCGUUUUCGUGGUGCUCAUGGCCUCGUAAUGAACCCGUUGGCCGAAAUCUCUAGAAGCUCCUCCCGGAUUCUUCCGGAAGUUUCCUCGAGUGGGGUUGCUUAGUACAUUGCUGUUUUAAAGUCAACUAACCCGAAAUAUAUCGCCCGGAGAAACUACUAAAUACAAAGAGCUUGUACUUGUGUUUGUUGUUGGCUGGAUUCUUCUUGGAAGAGUACUAAAGAAUAGAUGCAUAUAUACUAAGAGUGGCUUUUCUUCUAUUUUCCUUUUUUUGUGUAUUAAAGAUUCUCUUUUCGUUUUUUCGUUGAGUCGACAUGUACUCGAAAAAUUGUAUGUACUAUCGGUAGCGGAAAUCAGACGUAUCAAAUCGAAAUUAGUUCUCUCUGGGAAAAAAACGAAUCUUUUUUUU